CGGUCAGAUGAUGUUCCAAUUGGAGUGCGGACGGUCGUGUUUGUGUGGUGGGCGAUUCGAUAUUCUUAAAUUUUUAAGGGCUCCGUCGGCCGAGAUUGCCUUCUUUUUGCUCUCGUCAGAACGCGUUAAGUAAUCAAUUAAAAACCCGCGAUUGGGUGCGUCGAGAGUUUUCCACCGCUUCCCGUGUGCAUCUGAAGCGCUUAUAUCCGUGAUUUCCGCUUUCGAGUGCACUUUUGUAUUGUUUAUACGACCUCCGGUCCGGUCGCCCCACAUUUCUGGUGAACUUGUGCCGUCGAACGGUGUUGUCAUUUCCCCGCCCCCCCGCCAAAAAAAUCGAAACUCCCGCACAGUGGGCGGUAACGCAGGGCGAAGUCGAUAGAUAAUAAUUUUCCACAAAAAAAAUCCAAAGUUUGCGCAGUUCUCAAACCAAUACAUACAGCACCGUUUCAACGGAGUUAUUGGCGUUUAAUCAUUUUUUUUCAACACCACAAAACGAAUUUAAAGCUCAUUUGGGUGCUGCAGCGCAUUCAUCCCACUGUGCAAGGGCGGCAGAAAUUCAUAAAACAACGGAUAACAAAUUCGACGAAGAGAAAUACAUAAAGGAAAUAAAAGAGAGAGCGAGCUUAUUUGGUUAUUUUAAGACCUGCCUGCACAACAACUACAAUCAGUAUAUUAAUCAGCUUAUAAUGUAAGAUUCUGCAAUGACAAAGGACCAAGAUCCAGCUAAGGUUGUAUUUUAGCCCAGGAACCCAGGAAUUCCACAAAACCAGCAAGAACAUCAGUGUUUUGGACCGAGGACAGCUCAGCUAAUCGAGGACCGACAUCAUAAAUCAUUAUCAGCCCGUGAAGGAGGCGAAUACAGCGAGGGCAGCGAUUGAGUUGCACCACCAGAGACGCAUUAAUCAUACGCCGCGUUGCUCGCCCCACCAGAGAUAUAAACAGAUAUUUACAAUGCCUGCCAGCCCGCCUCCGCACCACGCCCCGCGCACUUGACACGGGGAGCGGCAGAUUGUCCCGGAGCCGCUGCAAACACCUCUUUUGGAAGGCCCAGUUUUGUGUUUUGUGAAUUGUGUUUGUUAUAUUUUUUUGUGUUCGACAGCGUAUCGAAAAGUGUUUGAGUUCCGUGAAAAGCAAAGUACCGCAUGUGGCUGCCAGGGCAAAAUCCGCUUACCGGCAGCAUAAACUGCUACAACAGCAGCGGCAGCAGCAGCAACAACUGCAACAACCAUCCAAUCGCUCAAUAUAUUCUCCGUUGGCCUGUGAUAAACCCCCUAGCGUUCUUAAUGAAUGACAUUCGGUCCAAGUCAUUCUAUCGUGCAGGCAAAGCAACAUCUGCAGCAUCCGCAUCCGCAACGACCACGACCAAAUCGUUCGAUAACAGCCAGAACAACAAUCCCCGUACUUACAACAACAGCGGCAAGUCGAACAAGGUGUUCCUGCACUAUAUACCCCGCGAUCCGCGCCUAAGAAUUUUCAACAAGACCGCCACCCUGAAUAAACACUCGAAUCGCACUCUGAGCGAGCUAAACAUAACUGAAGAUCUGUGCAAUUAUGGUGAAUUGAUUGGCGGCAGUGCUGAAACAGUGAAACUAGUGCUAGUGAAAUCUUAAGAGUCCGCAGUUCACCGUUUCGAUUUGUCAAGUUCUUGGCGUGAGCUGUUGUCGUGCGGAAAGAGCAUUGUUUGGAUAACGAAAGCUACGCACUGCAGUUGACCAAGAAAACAUAAGGGGAAUAUUUAUCAUCUACCGCCUACUUAA